AUGGCCCACCUGUACGAGCGCUACAGCCGGCACGGCGCGGACCCCGCCUCCGCCCCCGCCCCCGCCCCGCCGCGCUCCAACACCGUCCGAAGCUUCAAGCCCAAACCCGAAAUAGUUGGCCAGAAGACCGUGUAUCAUUUCAACUUGACCUCCAUGCAGGACUCAGAAAUGGUUCUCGCUGCCACAUUCCACUUCUACUCCGAUCAACGCCUGCGGUCCCGAGAGGCGUUCUGCAAGCGGUCUAAGAACUCCUCCUGUCGCCUCCUCCACCCGGCCCAGGUCUCUCGGGCCAACCUGGUGUUCCGCAGUGUGCCUCAGAACGCUGCUUUCGGGGUGGUCAAGGGCAAUGUGACGGUCUACCCCCACCGGCGGGGAGCCUGGCAGGCCAGGGAUAUUUCCCCCAUCAUCAAGGAAGCAAAAUGGGAUGGGGAGCUCCUUCUCUUGGCCGAGUUCGAAUCGGGGGAGAGAGAGCAAGUCUUCCACGAGCCGGACUCCAGCGACCUGCCCUACAUCCUGGUCUAUGCCAAUGACCUGGCCAUCUCUGAGCCCAACAGCGUGGCGGUGACCCUCCAGAGGUACGACCCCUUCCCGGCCGGCGACCCCGACCCAGGCCGCUCGCCCAACGCAUCCAGCGACACCCGGGUGAGGAGGGAUACGUACGUGCCUGGAUCCAUCCAGGACAAUGAACUGCCGGAGGAGGACUACGGCCCUCCCCACCCCCAUGGCCCCCACCACCCCCACAGCCCCCAUCACCACCACUAUCACAAACAUGACCUGUGGGAGAAUGCUUACAAGGCCCUCAAACCCAAAUCUCCCCGGAAGGACAGGAGGAAAAAGGGACAAGACAGCCAUGAGAUGCUGACUAAAUCUCAGAUGUUGAAUUUUGAUGAGAAAACGAUGAAAAAGGCCAGGAGAAAACAGUGGAACGAGCCCAGAAUCUGCUCCCGCCGAUACCUGAAAGUUGAUUUUGCCGACAUCGGGUGGAAUGAGUGGAUCAUAUCACCAAAGUCCUUCGAUGCCUAUUACUGUGCAGGGGCUUGCGAGUUCCCGAUGCCCAAGAUUGUUCGACCAUCAAAUCACGCCACAAUCCAGAGUAUAGUGAAAGCAGUGGGAAUAAUUCCAGGUAUUCCAGAACCCUGCUGUGUUCCGGAUAAAAUGAACUCCCUCAGCGUGCUUUUCUUGGAUGAGAACAGAAAUGUGGUUUUAAAGGUGUAUCCCAAUAUGUCAGUGGAGACUUGUGCCUGUCGAUAAGUGUAUGGGACUGUACCUUUUACAAGAUAAAAGGCCUACAGGGCUAGUGGGGAGAGGGAGAGGGAGAGAGCAGGAAAAUCCCUAAACCUGGCUACAGUACAUUAUUUUACACUGGGAAAGUUGUGCUUGGGAAAUGAAUUUGACUGUAUUUAUGAAUGCAGGUCCAAGAUAAAACAAAGACAGACUUUAAACAGACCAACACUUAUUAGAAGGAACUCUCUUCUACUAUAGUAGUCAUUUGAGGGUGAUAUGAGAACUUAUGAUUUAGCUUCCUCCUGAGAUUCCAAAUGCAGGUAAAUCCCAUUUUACUCCUUUAGGAGAGGACUUGAAUAUUUGGCUAGUUUUUAUGAUUUAACAUUGUUUCUCUUAUGCUGAGUCUGCCACAAACUUUAGGUUGAAAAGGGAAAUUGGAAUUGCUUGACAUAUUCUAGAGCUGUUUUAUCCUUUCAUCUCAUAAACCUGGAAAUGGACUUUGUAAAACCAUAGUAUCAGUUCUGCACAAAUGAAAAGUUUUUUUUAUUAAAUACUCACGGUUUAUUUUAAUCCACAUAUUUAUACUGAAAAAGAAGGCUGUAAUAAAGGGCUUAAAUGUAUAUUUUCCUUGGAGUUCAAAUGUAGU